UGAGAGGCGAGGGUGGGCAGGGCCGCGCGGGGAGAAACUUGAAGGAGCGAAGUGGGCAAGGAGCGCGCGAAGGAGUGAGUGGGGCGCCUGCGGGAGGAGAGCAGCGUGUGGUCGGAAGGCAGCAAGAGCAGGAGCAACGGUGCCGGCCACUCUCCUCCGCCAACGCCGCCCAUCGCCUUCUCUGCCCCAGUUUGCCUUCUUCUGGGAGAGCCCCCUUUCUUUGAUCCAAGCUGCCCCUCGGAAAAGGAAGAAAAGGGGGACCGCAAAGGGAGACGCGCACCCCGUGGACAUCCCUUGCCAAGGAAAGCCAAAGAAAAGGGGUUGCCACCAAGUUUUGAUUUGUUUUUCCCCUUCCUCUCCAUUAAAGGAUCGACCUUCCUGGCGAAAUCUUUGAAAGGAGAUAAGUAUUGGAUUCUUCUGGUUCGCCUUCACAGGAGAAAAUAAGAACACGAACUGGUUUUUCUGGAAGAAGGAGACAAGGAAUGGGAAAUCCAAGCAGGGACUCAAAAGUUCCUCGCCUUUGAACUUUGAAAAGUUGCAAACCCCGCAAGCAAAGCACAGGCAGGUUGGGCUGGUGUUGUAGUUGAGCUUGUGUUGGGUUACUUUGUGUUGCACUCUCCUGACUCUCCCCUUUCGUGAUUUAAACUGAGAGCCAAUAUUUUCUUUGUGCUGCUUUUCUGCAAUGCUGGUUUGGCUGUCUCUUCCCAGCUUGGAUAUCCUUCCUUGCCUGCCCUGCUUUUCAAAUUGACUUUUCGCACCCAGGAGUUUUGAGUGGCGGAAAAGGAGGUACAAACUAAAACUUUGUUUACUUUUUUGAAAGAAGAAGCAGCCCCGCUGGAGACAGUGUCACCAUGUCUUUCAAUGGCUCAUUCCUCUCCUUGGGCAACGGGACCCUCCCCGUGGCCCACCCAGCGGACACCAGCAAGGCCCUGACCAUCCCCACAGUCAUGUUCAUCUUUGGCGUGGUGGGCAACCUGGUGGCCAUCGUGGUGCUGUGCAAGUCCCGCAAGGAGCAGAAGGAGACCACUUUCUACACGCUGGUCUGUGGCCUGGCCGUCACCGAUCUGUUGGGCACCUGCCUGGUGAGCCCCGUCACCAUCGCCACCUACCUGAAGAAAGAGUGGCCCGGCGGGCAGCCUCUCUGCGAGUACAGCACCUUUAUCUUGCUCUUCUUCGGCCUCUCUGGGCUCAGCAUCAUCUGCGCUAUGUCCAUUGAGCGCUACUUGGCCAUCAACCACGCCUACUUCUACAGCCACUACGUGGACAAGAAGCUGGCCGCCCUCACCCUCUUUGCCAUCUACGUCUCCAACGUCCUCUUCUGCGCCCUGCCCAGCAUGGGCCUGGGCAGCACCAAGCUCCAGUACCCACAGACCUGGUGCUUCAUCGACUGGAGGACCAACAUCUCCUCCCAUGCCGCCUUCUCCUACAUGUACGCCGGCUUCAGCUCCUUCCUCAUCCUGGUCACCGUGGUCUCCAACGUCUUGGUCUGCGCUGCCCUGAUCCGCAUGCACCGCCAGUUCAUGCGCCGCACCUCGCUGGGCACCGAUCAGGCCUCCAACCGCCUCUCGGACUUUCGGCGCCGGCGCAGCUUUCGGCGCAUGGCUGGAGCGGAGAUCCAGAUGGUCAUCUUGCUCAUAGCCACCUCCUUGGUGGUGCUCAUCUGCUCCAUCCCUCUUGUGGUGCGUGUGUUUGUGAACCAGCUGUACCAGCCACCUUUAGUGGAGGACAUUCAACAAAACCCUGAUCUCCAGGCCAUCCGCAUUGCCUCAGUGAACCCUAUUCUCGAUCCCUGGGUCUAUAUUCUGCUGCGUAAGACUGUGCUGAUCAAAGCCAUCGAGAAGGUCAAAUGUCUCUUCUGCCGUAUUGGAGGAGCCCGUCGGCAGCACUCAGGAAGCAAUUUCAACUGUGCCGACGGGCGCAGGGCAUCCUCUGCCACAGCCACCCAUUCUCCAUCCUUCAUCUCUCGAGAGUUGCGGGAGAUCAGCAGCACCUCGCAGACACUUCUGUACCCUCUGGAGCCGAGUGAAGGGACAGUCGGGGACCGUAUGCUAUUGCCUGGGGCCAGCAGCAACUUGGCUCAAUCAGAUACCACAUCUGUAAGGACACUGAGAAGUUCAGAUACUUCAGAGUCUUCACAGGGACAGGAUGAGAAUGCAUUUUUGGUGAAUGAACUCAGGCCUAAUGGGGUGAACCCCAAUCCAAAGAGCAGCUCUCUUCAGGUCACCUUCCCUAGUGAGACGCUGAACUUAUCAGAGAAGUGUAUAUAAAUGUUGGAGGACUUAUACACAAGGUGGUCCUUCAAAAGAUCGCCCCAGAGGAAUUGGCAUAACAAGAUGGAUCAAAUGCCCAGCUCUUGCCAUUUGAUCUAUUGUGACCUGCCAUGACUAAGGCACAACCAAGACCUAUCUGGCUUUUCACUUUCUCAGUCCAAUGGGAUCAAGUAGCCAUUUGGAGCAAGGUGGAAAUGGGCACUAUAGGCCCACACACAUGGGCAGCCAUCAGAGGUGGAAGCUAAGCACCCUGACCUCUUGGUUGCUACACCUUCAGGCACUGGGUAUGCCUUUUGUGGUGGGAAAAGAGGGUAGCUGCUAUAUCUUUGUACUUUCAUUAUUAUAUGAUAAGCACAUUUUUUGCAGGAGAUGUGAGGACCAUCUCCACUUUGCAGACCGUCUUCUGCUAUCAGGCCCUGCUAAUGUAACAGAUGAAUGUAUUGGUGCCAGAAGCGUAGGCUGCAGCUUGUGCCUUGUCUUGCCCUGUGACAUAGGACUGUUUUCCAGGGUUACAAAGAGUUGUAAUUUUCCCCCAGUUCAUUUAGAAUUGAAGCAUACUUAUCCCUGAUUCCUUUCCCCUCCUUAUUAUGGAAUAAGGUUGAGAGAGAACUGACUACAAGUUAGCUGCUGAUAGCUGUGCAUAACUGCUUCAGAUGAUAUAUGAAAGUGAAAAUCUCUCAAUUGAUGUGAAAAAAUGUGAAUUUUUUUCUCUGGCUGUAUAUAUAUAUAUACGUAUUUUGUCUGAAUGUAUUUAAAAACUUUAUAUUCUUCUCUGUGAGAAGGUUAAUUAUUAAUACAACGUAUACUGAAAAAGAAUGUUGCCAGCCCUCUUUGCCUCCAAAUGCCUGUUGUUAGAUAAUUUUACAUUAAGAUUUAUUUUUGAAAGAUGCAGAUUCAGUGGUCCAAAGCAGAACUAAAUCAUAGGACAAGGACGGAGGAGGUUGGAAUUAAACUGAAAUAUAUUGUAAUAGCACCAGGGAAAAUAAAGGCUUUCUGUUUUUCAACAUUUUGCUCAUAUUGUGUGUGCACACCCAAACAAGAAAGUGGAAUUUAUGUGCUGUGAAUGCAUGCUUGUAAAAAUGAAAUGGCUCCUACUUAGGCUAAUAAUACAGUUCUCUAAACAUGUGAUGCCCACUUCUUUGCAGGCUUACUUACAGAAAAUCUCCAUUGUCUUAAUUGCACUUUGUUGUUAAGCGCAUCCACUUCAACUUACGGCAACCCAAUGAAUGAGAGACCUCUGCUCAGGUCUUUCAAACUCAGGUCUGUGGCUUCCAUCUGUAAUGCUUUUUUGUGCCUUUCCUACUGCCUCCUACCUUGCCAAGCAUCAUUGUCUUUUCUAGUGUGUCAUGUCUCCUCAUGAUAUGUCCAAGACGUGACAGUCUCAAUUUAGUCAUCUUGGCUUUGAAGAAGGCUCCUGGCUUGGUUUGUUCUAGGACCUAUUUAUGUGUCUCCUAUGCACUAGUGGUCAUGAAUAGUGACACUGGCAGAGGUAUCAGCGGUGGUAAACCACUCCUGAAAAGUUCCAUCUUAAAAAUCUUAUGAUCAGACAAAAAUUGUACUUCCUCCAAAAUAAACCGUUAUUGAAUUGCAGCCUUAAGAACCUUAAUAGGGGUGACUGCAAUAUCUAACCACUCUUCUAAAAGGUUUUUGGGAUCCAGAUCUAACAUAUUUCUGCCUGAGAUCACUUUAAUCAGCACUAAGCUAGGAUACUUGAAAAGAAAACCUCAUAAAUUGAGUUAGGCCAUGUCUUUAGGAGUGUAAUCCCAGACCAGGUCAUGCACGCAGUAUCUCCGUGCAAGAACACUUAAAGAUGUUAAUUGGGUAAUAUUCCAAUUAGGAUUGCAUUACUAGCUGCACAUGAGGAAUUUUCACGCUGCCUCUGAAAUGUACAUGUUUAGGAGAGGUCAAAUUAGAGCUACUGAACUGUGUAAAAUUUGAGGAUGUGUGUUGUGGUGGUUGGAUUAGGAAUCUAACAGAUCAGGAUUCAAAUCCCCUCUUGGGAAUAGAAACCCAUUGGGUGACCUUAGGCUAGUCAUAUUCCCCCAGGCUCAAUGUAACAGUAACAAACUCUGAAUAAAUCUUGCUAGGAAAACCCAAUGAUGGGUUCACUUUAGAGUUAAUAUAUGGUAGAAAUAAUUUAAGGAUACACAAGAGAAUGUGCCUGGCCCUCACUGUAGACCUACCACUUUAUGUAAAGGGGCCACAAACCAAGCUGUAAGCAGUGCCUCUACUUUAAUGCUAAUGAGAUGUUUCUACGUGGUAUACUCUACCUAAACAGACAAACUUACACCAAACAGCACUUUUACAUUCCCCAUAAAACACAAAGAAGGGAGGGGUAGGAAAAGUGGAAUGUUCCAAAUAUUAUUGGGCUGCAGUUCCAAACAUUCUUCACCAUUAGCUAUGUUGUUAGGGCCACUGGAAUCAGUACUCUAGUGACAUCUGGAAAAUACUUUAUGCCACCAGAAAGAAGUACCAUAUACACAAUUGUAAAGCAUAUGAAAUUUGGGACUAGAAGAAAUAUGAUGUCAAUGUUCAAACUUUUUGUGAGUGAGCCUAGAGAUUUACAGUGUUUGUGUGCUUGAUGCAGUGUGAUCUUGCCAAUUUGUGAAUGUGACAUGUUUUCUUUGGGAGCGUUCCAGAGAUGCAACCCUACUCCAAUAAGUUACUAUAUCACAACUCAUCCUGACAUCCCGACUAUACUGUGUAGACCUGAUGGGAGUUGUUGUCUAAUAACGUAUGGAUCUUAACCUCUGGUGGGGUGAAAACUCUGCCAACACCACAGCUUUUGUGUCAUUUUAGCGAUUUUGAAAUGUGAUUGCCCAAACUGGUCUUAUGGAAAAUCUUUCCCAUAAUUUUUUUACACAGAUACCAAGAAUUUGCACUACUGCUUUGGAAAUACUUAAACCACUAACAGAUUAAAUGGAUAUUAGAGGGACCAAUAGCCAUAAGAUUUCACUUCAUUAAAAUAAAAGACCAGAAGAAAUGUUUUACUUUUGUGCCAUAUUCAGCAGGCUGGAUUUUUGUGCCCAAAUGUUGUUACCUUGUGCAGAUAUUCAAAAGUCUGGUGUCUGUCCCCCAUCCCCACCACACCAGGAACAUGUUGUGCAUGUUACAUAGUUUAAUGUGGUUUUCCUGUGAAUCGCUUUCUGUUGGAAUUCCAUUUCUGGGCCUAAAUAUCAGUCAGUGAUACAUUUUACAAAACUGUUUGUACUUACACAGAUCUCUUUUGGAAAUCAGAAUUAAAUACAGAUAUACCACUGAA